CUACCAUCAUGGAGAGGGGUAUGAGAGCCACAACACUGGGUGAGGCACUGGCACUCAGAGGAACUAGUUGGCACUACUCACUCACAGAAGACCCGGUCAUCCUCCUCCUCUCUCUCCCUCCAUUAACAAGAGUUGUGUUGAGGUUGAGUCAGUAUGAAGGUGGUGGAGCACAUGACGGUACUGCUGCUGGCGGCGCUACUCUCACCUAGUGUGUGGGCGGAAGAUGCAUUAUCAGUCGCAACAAAGGAGGUGAUAGACAUCUUGGGUGACCGUGACGCCUAUGAUUCUUCCAUCAGACCUUCUGUAGCCGGUGGUGGUGCUACUGAGGUACACAUCCAGACUUACUUCCGGGACAUUGAUAUUGAUGAUGUAAACAUGGAGGCCAAUUUUGACAUCACCUUCAGGAUGAUCUGGAGGGACAGUCGCCUCGCCUUCAGUAGUCCAGCAGGAGUGACGUAUGUGACCAUCUUGGAUCCAUACUUGGCGUGGCUUCCAGACGCCUUCUUCAAGAACGCCAAAACCACCCAGCACAAGUCCAUCCACCCUGAGAGUUUCAUAAGACUCUUCCCUGAUGGCCGUCUUAUUUACAGCUCCAGGUUGAAUCUGAAGCAGAGUUGUCCCAUGGAUCUACAACGUUUCCCUCACGACACACAAGUGUGCCACAUCAACGUCGCUAGCUAUGGGUACACGAGUGAUAACUUGGUGUUCAGGAUGGCUGACGAGUCUCCUAUUGCAUUCAGUAGAGAACUUCACACGGACAGGUUCUCCUUUGAGAAGUACGAAACUGGCUUCUGCAACAGUACCACUGCUACAGGAGAAUAUAGCUGUAUAGAAGUCAGCAUGAAGAUUCGGCGUGUGUUCGGCAGCUACCUCCUAGACUGGUACAUCCCCACUAUCUUCCUGGUGAUCGUGUCUUGGUUCGCCUUCCUGAUCCCUCCUACUCAGUUCCUGGGCCGCCUGCUGCUCACCCUCAUUCCCCUCAUCACUCUGGCCUCCUUCUGCAACCUGUUCAAGGAGUCCCUGGCAUCAGUUCCUUACAUCAGAGCCGUGGACAUCUUCACCGGCAUCUCCUUGGUCAUCAUCUUUGGUACUCUGGUUCAUGUCAUCCUCUGCCAAGUCCGAGGCUCCAAGAGUCAGGAGAAGAGGACAGAGAGCGCAGAGGAAGGUGAGGGCAACAAGGGCACCAGUGACGGAGAAACGUCAGGAAUGCGACGUUUGAUGGCCAAGGCUGCAGAAAGAGCCAACUUUCUCUCUCGUCUCCUCCUGGUUGGCACUUACUGUGCCUUCCUCUUUGUUUACUUCGUCGCCUACUGUGGCACUGGCUAGAUGACCACUCUGGCACUACACUGUGGCACUGGCUAGAUGACCACUCUGGCACUACACUGUGGCACCUCACAGGAUCUAAUUUUUGCAAAAGAAAAAAAAAGUCAGAACUUAUAGAAUAAUUUUUCAUGAA